UUUGUGUGGUUGCUCAGAACAGAACUGUAUUAAUCAGACCGGUUACCUGCAAUACAAGCGGUCUAUAAUGAUAAAACACCGCCUGGGGGCAUUGAUUGCGGUACUUCUCCAGGUUAUCUGUUUAACGUGGAGCCAACCCUUUCCCAAUUACCAUGCGGACUUCGUCAGUAUCGGAGAUCGGGAUAGCGAUCUCAAGUGGUGGCAGACAGGCGCAUUCUACCAGAUUUAUCCAAGGUCAUUUAAAGACAGCAACGGCGAUGGCGUGGGCGAUCUAAAUGGAAUUGCGGAGCAACUGCCUUACCUCAAGGAAAUCGGUAUCACUGCCACUUGGUUGUCGCCCAUCUUCACCUCACCUAUGGCGGACUUUGGCUACGAUAUUGCCAAUUUCACUGAGGUGGCCCCGAUUUUCGGCACCAUGGCGGACUUUGACCAUCUGAUGGAAGUGGCCAAGAAGUUGGACAUCAAGAUCAUCCUGGACUUUGUGCCCAACCACUCGAGUGACGAGUGCGAGUGGUUCCGUCGGUCGGCGGCGGGUGAUCCGGAGUUCAAGGACUUUUACGUGUGGCACCCUGGUCGAAUGGAGAACGGAAACAGGCAUCCGCCGUCCAACUGGAUCAGUGUUUUCCGUGGAAGUGCUUGGCAGUGGCACGACGGGCGCCAGGAGUACUACUUGCACCAGUUCGUAAAGAAACAGCCCGAUUUAAAUUAUCGCAAUCCAAAAGUGCGGGAGACCAUGAGUAAUGUUUUGAGAUUUUGGCUGGCCAAGGGCGUAUCCGGUUUUCGCAUCGAUGCAGUGCCCCAUGUGUUCGAGAUAGCGCCGGACGCUCAGAACCAGUACCGCGAUGAGCCGCGCAACGACUGGGACAACGACCCCGAGGACUACGGCUAUCUGCAGCACAUCUACACGGUGGACCAGCCGGAGACCAUUGACCUGGUCUACUCGUGGCGCGCGGUGCUGGACUCGUUCCAGCGGGAGCACGGCGGCGAGGAGCGCAUCUUGAUGGCCGAGACCUAUUCACCCAUCGAUAUCGUGAUGCAGUACUACGGCAAUGCCACGGCGGAGGGCGCUCAGCUGCCGUUCAACUUUCUGCUGAUAAGCGAGCUGAGCAACUCGUCGAAUGCCCACGCCUACGAGGGAACGGCGCUCAAGUGGCUGCAGCACAUGCCCCAGGGGCGCACGGCCAACUGGGUGCUGGGCAACCACGACAAGCCCCGAGUGGGCUCCCGCCUGGGCCGCGACAGGGUGGACAUGCUGAACAUGCUCACCGCCACUCUGCCCGGCGCCAGUGUCACCUACCAGGGCGAGGAGCUGGGCAUGACCGAUGUGUGGAUCUCGUGGAAGGACACCGUGGAUCCCUCCGCCUGCAACACCAACCCGAGCAUCUACGAGCAGUACUCCCGCGAUCCGGAGCGCACGCCCUUCCAGUGGACGGACGCCCAGGAUGCCGGAUUCAGUAAUGCCAGCAAGACCUGGCUGCCCAUCGCCCUGGACUACAAGCUGGUCAAUGUGGAGCUGGAGAGGCAGAAGCCCCUGAGUCACCUAAACGUCUUCAAGCAGCUCUGGCAGUUGAGGAAGCAGUCGAACACUCUUCAGCGCGGCGAAACUGAAGUGAAGGCCCUCAGCGAUGCAGUGUUGGCCGUGAAAAGGGGUCUCGAACAUGACUCGACCUUUUUGACCCUGCUGAAUAUUUACGACGGCGUGGAGACCAUUAAUCUGCGGCAGAGUUUCCCCGACUUGCCACCUGAACUCAAAGUAGUGGUGGUCACAGAGCGAUCUCAAGUCAAAGUGGGCGAUCUCAUCAACUCCACCUCGCUGCAACUUCAGCCCAAGGACUCGCUGAUCCUGCAGUCCACCUCCUCAUACUAUAGUUACGCCACCAACGGAGAGUCUCGGCUUCUGCCCGUCCUGGGGGUUUAUCUCUGGUUGGCUCAAGUGGCGCUCUAUCUGAGCAGCCGAUGAGUUCCCACCCUAUUGUUAUUUUCUAAUAGAUUACUCACAAUAAAGGCAAUCAAAGCA